GAGCAUUGCGCUGAAUAGCGCUGUCGGUGCCUUUUUUUGUGCCAUGUCGCCAUGCGUCCAAAGUUGGGCGGCAAAAAACGCUUCCACAAAAAGAAGAAACGAAGCGCACAGAGUGACUUCGCCAUCGAUGAAGAGACCGGCGAGACGGGUGAGACGGCCGAGUUCGCCGACGAAGAUGAGUCGUCCUGGAGGUCGGCUCCCGUGCGUGGCAUCGGCAUCAUCGUGUUGUCCAUCGUGGCUGGCUUUUCUUUAGCUUCGCUGGUGCUCCAACCUUGGCGAGACUUAGCGACGGAAGCUGGGGUCAGAGGUGACAUGGGUGAGUUUCCCGUCCCAGACAUCUCCACGGCCGCCAUGGAGCCGCCACCGCUGGAAGCCGUGGCGCCGCCGGCGCCGGAUCCGCCGGAGGCGCCGGCGCCGGAUCCAGCACCGGUCGCGGUGCAGGUGGUGAAGCUUCCAGCCACUCGACAACCCGGCAAUUUCAACGACCCGAAGGUGCUCUGGGUCCAUUUGCACAGCUAUGGUGGCACCACCAUCUGUGAUUUGGCACGUGCGCAUGGGGAGAAGGUCUCUCCGCCCAAGGACAAUUGUAACAUUAUGCCAGAUGGAUGUUCCACUCCAAAGGCUUUUCGCAUCCCUUGCAGAAAGCGUGCAGUCAGUACGCAAUACACCUUCUCAGCUGUUGAACGAGUACUUGAUGAAGAUGACUUAAAAUGCUCAGGCGGCUCUCAAAACAUGCUCUUUGGUAUCAUGCUCAGAGAUCCAGUGGCGGGUCUGAAAUCCACCCUGAUCGGCAACGAGUUUGAAAAGGGAAUCAUACUGCAGACCCUUCGCAGUCAUGUCGUUAUGAGGAACUUGGCUUUCCAUUUCUGUCUGCCGCCCUUUGACACCUACCAACACUUCGACAAUUUCGCCGUGCGCACCCUGAGUGGCGACUAUGAUGUGGCGCCAGGGGAGGUUACACGCCAACAUCUGGAGAAAGCCAAAGGAGUUUUGUCCAAGCUUGAUGUGGUCCUCAUCAUGGAGGACUUGACGGAUCACCUGGCACAGCUGCGUGCUGUCUUUGGCUGGGACGUGGACGUGGAUCGGAGCGUUUGGCAUUCGCAUUGGCAUCGGAUUCCCAAGAACGUCUUCAGCGUUCAAGAAGCAGCUUUUCUGAAGGAGGUGAAUCAUUUGGAUUAUGAACUUUAUGAGUUUGCUCAAACAUUAGCACGACAACUCACUGCGCAAGCACAGCAGCGGCUGUCGCGCUAGUUCCGCUAGUUGCUUCGCGCUGAUGUGAGUCAUCCAGUCACCCCUUUGGAUCCCCUUUGGUCGCUGACCCGUGGUGAAUCAGUGAACGCUUCCCAAAACGGGUCGCUUUCCACAUCCUGCCAUCCUGGCCCUCAAAGAAAGGGUGCCUUGGGAACUCCAGCGUCACGGCUGCGACAAA